UGCGCACGCGGCGGUGCGUGCCGCGAGUUUCGUCUUGUGUUUACUCGUACUUGCUAAAAUCGCGCGGUUUCACUUUCGCAGUGAGAGUGGUCGGACCUCCGUGAUUUGAGUUUGGAACUCGACAGCUAAAGAUGACAUCCGAAGUGAACGAAUGGUACCGGGGGCGCAAGGUCCUGGUGACCGGCGCCUCGGGCCUGAUGGGCAAGGUCCUGAUCGAGAAGCUUCUGUACAGCGUGCCAGAUGUCGCCUGCGUGUACGCUGUCAUCCGCUCCAAGAGGGGGAAGUCGCCAGAGUCAAGAAUUGAGGACAUGUGGAAACUCCCUUUGUUCGCGAGAAUAAGAGAAGAGAAACCACAUGUUAUGAAGAAACUGGUUCCCGUGACUGGUGACAUACUUUACGAUGACCUUGGCAUAGAGAAAAACCAACUCCAGCAGAUAUGUGAUGAGGUGUCGGUAAUUUUUCACUUCGCAGCCAGUCUCAGAUUAGAAGCGCCCCUCAAAGAAGGUCUAGAAAUGAACACGAAGGGUACCCUCCGAGUGCUGGAUUUGGCGAAACGGCUAAAAAAAUUGGCUGCAUUCAUACACCUCUCCACAGCUUUCUGCUACCCGGACUACGAGAGAAUGGCUGAAAGGGUCCACGAUCCGCCUGCAGACCCACAUGAAGUAUUGAGAGCUGCCAGCUGGUUGUCAGACGAGCAGAUCAACUUAUUGGCACCUUCGAUUCUGCAGAAGCACCCGAACUCGUACACAUACUCCAAGAGGUUGGCCGAAGCGUUGGUCAGGGAAAUCUACCCUAAUCUGCCUGCGGCCGUCGUCAGACCAAGUAUUGUAACUCCAGCGUACAAGGAGCCAGUGCCAGGCUGGGUGGACAACCUGAACGGCCCCAUCGGCCUCAUGGUGGGAGCCGGCAAGGGCGUCAUCAGAUCCAUGCACUGCUACGGUCACUACCACGCCGAAGUCAUUCCAGUCGACAUCGCCAUCAAUAGCAUCAUAGUCAUUGCUCACAAAAUUGGAACCAUGACUGAACGACCACCAGAGAUCCCAGUCUACAACCUGACCACAGGAGACGACAGGAACACGACCUGGAAACAAGUCCUAGACAUCGGCAAAGCGACCGUCCGCAAGUACCCCUUCGAAGGACCUUUAUGGUACCCUGACGGGAACAUCAGGCACAACAAGUUCUUUCACAACCUCUGCGUGUUCUUCUACCAUAUAAUACCAGCUUAUCUUAUCGACUUCUUGAUGCUGAUCUUCGGUCAAAAAAGAUUCAUGGUGCGAAUCCAGAAUCGAAUAACAGUGGGCUUAGAAGUCCUCCAAUACUUCACCACGAGGGAAUGGUGGUUCGACACGAAUAACUUCAAGUCCUUAGCGCCUUCUCUAAACCAUGUGGACUUCAAAACGUUCCCCAUGGACCUGACCAUCAUUCAGGAUGAGCCGUACAUAGAGGACUGCAUGAUUGGCGGCAAGUUAUACUGCUUGAAGGAAAAGCUGGAAAAUCUGCCGAAAGCACGAUUACAGAAUAAUAUUUUAUAUGUUUUGGACCGCAUCGUAUCUAUCUUCUGGUACCUUUUGAUGCUGUACUGGAUCGUGCUGUACUGCGAGCCGGUCAGACAGCUGCUGUCCUACGGAGGACCGUUCGUUCGAUACCUGCCCUUGGUCGGGAAAGCCGUCUUCAGAGACGAAUUAUAAUGUUCGACUGUUGAUUUUCGAUGUAUUUUAAUGAGAGAUAUUUGGAAUCCUGAGUUGGGAAAUUGACACCAAUUUACAAAAAGCUUAUUCUAUCUAAAACAAACUUCAGUCCUGAACAUCAAAUUAGUUAUCAUCACGUAUAAUACUUAGAUAACUGAUUUUGAAUUGACUUAGCGAUCAAGUGAUUUUAUAGUUUUGAUAUGCUACGAAAUUUCAAUGGCAAUAGCGUUUUAAUUAGUUUUAGAUGUUAACUGCAUACUGACCUAUCUUACAAUUUUAUCAAAGUUUACAUCGAACGUUUAGCGAGCAAAUUAUGUUUAUAUUUAUAGCUUUGCUUGCUUUGGUAUUCAUAUACUCUUGUUUAACACAGGUAAAAAGUAAAUAGGAUUAUAAUCGAUUUAGACGGUGCUAUACAUGAAAAUGUAAAUAAGCUAAACGAUUAUUAUUACAAUAAUUAUGCAUAUUCCAUCCAAGAGUAGUAAAAUCAAAGAUUUAAAUUAAAUAAAUACUGGGUUAAGGUCUUAGGUUAAGGUAUUAGUAAGUAAAAUGUGUAUAGUUCUUGUAACUCACGAAGGCGAGUGAGCUUUACUUGUGUGUGUAGGUACGUGUAGGUACAUGCACAUAACGAUAGUGUAAUGUCUGUCAAAAGUUUUGAAAAACGAACAGAGUGAGCCACCACACAUGUAAAGCUCACUCGCCUUCGUUAAUUGGAACAACUAUACUCAGAAUAUUAUGGACCCUCUGUUUUGAUUCACAGUUUCGGUGAAAAAAAUCUAAGACUGAAACACAUAAAAUACUGUACUUACUACUACUUUUAUUGUUUUCAGGGUCAUUAUAAGUAUAAUUAGUUUCAUGACUUAAAAUAUUAUUAAAAGACUGUAACUGAAUUAUAAUUGUAAACCUAGAUCUAAAAACAUGCGAAUCCAUAUUUCUGUAAAUCAAUAAAAAUAUAUCGACCUAAAA